AUUCUCUAUCCCGCUCUCAUUUCAGAUUUCACUCAAACCUUUGACACUGAACCGGCACCGUAGAUAGAAUCCAGAUACAGAAAACAGAGAUCUGGGUAACUAGUAAGAAGAUUUCGGUUCUAUUCCAAAUACUCUUUCUCAUAGCCGCUAGAAAACAAUGUCGAGUCGGCAUGAGAAAGAAAAAGGUGUUAAUGUUCAGGUCCUUCUUCGUUGCAGGCCGUUUAGUGAGGACGAAUUGAGGAACAAUGCACCCCAGGUUGUGACCUGCCACGAUUAUCAGAGAGAGGUUUCAGUGUCGCAGAGUAUUGCUGGGAAGCAUUUUGAUAGGGUUUUUACUUUUGACAAGGUUUUUGGUCCAUCAGCUCAGCAGAAAGAUCUUUAUGACCAAGCAGUUGUCCCAAUUGUCAAUGAAGUUCUGGAGGGUUUUAACUGUACCAUAUUUGCUUAUGGGCAAACUGGGACUGGUAAAACUUACACCAUGGAAGGUGAAUGUAAGAGGUCCAAGAGUGGCCCUAAUGGUGAAUUGCCUCCGGAGGCUGGUGUAAUACCGAGGGCUGUAAAGCAAAUAUUUGAUACACUGGAGUCACAGAAUGCAGAAUACAGCGUUAAAGUAACAUUCCUGGAGCUGUAUAAUGAGGAAAUUACUGAUCUGCUAGCCCCUGAUGAUUUGUCUAAAGUUGCUUUGGAGGACAAGCAGAAAAAGCAAUUGCCACUCAUGGAAGAUGGGAAAGGAGGAGUUCUUGUGCGAGGACUUGAAGAGGAAAUUGUGACUAGUGCCAGUGAGAUUUUUACUUUACUUGAGAGGGGGUCUGCAAAACGUCGUACCGCAGAAACCUUAUUAAACAAACAAUCUAGUCGGUCGCAUUCUCUCUUUUCCAUAACGAUACACAUCAAGGAAGCAACCCCUGAAGGUGAAGAACUCAUAAAAUGUGGAAAGCUUAACUUAGUUGAUUUAGCUGGUUCCGAAAACAUUUCAAGGUCUGGUGCCAGGGAGGGUCGUGCAAGAGAAGCUGGAGAAAUAAAUAAAAGUCUACUUACACUGGGACGAGUAAUCAAUGCUCUUGUGGAGCAUCUAGGGCAUAUUCCCUACAGGGACAGCAAGCUUACACGUUUACUUCGUGACUCAUUGGGAGGAAGAACUAAAACGUGCAUCAUUGCCACAGUCUCACCUGCUGUACAUUGUCUUGAAGAGACCUUAAGCACACUGGACUAUGCCCACAGGGCAAAGAACAUAAAGAAUAAGCCUGAGGUUAAUCAGAAAAUGAUGAAAUCCACCCUCAUUAAGGACCUUUAUGGUGAAAUUGACCGGCUUAAAGCAGAGGUUCAUGCUGCACGUGAGAAAAAUGGAGUUUACAUACCGAAAGAGCGUUAUUAUCAGGAAGAGAGUGAGAGGAAGGCAAUGGCAGAUCAAAUUGAACAAAUGGGAAUAACAAUAGAAAACCAUCAGAAGCAACUUGAGGAAUUGCAAGCUAGAUACGAUGCUCAAGUUCAAGAGUGCUUAGACUUGAGGACGAAGCUAGAGAGUACCCAGAAAGAUUUGUACAGAACCACCAAAUUGUUGGCUAUUACAGAAGAAGAGUUGCGAAGAUCCCAAUAUACUCUUGAGGAACGAGACUAUUAUAUAUCUGAACAGAAGAAAGCGGAAAAUGCACUGGCUCAUCAAGCAUGUGUCUUGCGGGCUAAUUUGGAGAAAGCUCUUCAGGAUAAUGCUUCAUUAUUAGCAAAAAUUGCUAGAGAGGACAAAUUGAUUGCUGACAACCGGUUCGCUGUGAACAACUUUCAAUCUGAGCUUGCACAGCAAGUUAGUUCCCUCUGUAGAAUGGUAACUGGAUCAAUUUCCCAGCAAAAUGACCACAUAGAGUGUGUUGAUAAACUCUGUCAUUCUUUUCUUGAGUCACAUGAAAAGGCUAUGGCAGAUAUUAAGAAAAAGUUAAGUGCCUCAAAGGCUUCGUUUAUCUCCCACUUUGAGGCUAUGCAAAAUGUUGUUCGACUGCAUGGAGCUACAUCGAAUGCUGCUUUAGAGGAAAUAUCAGCUUUGGCUGCUUCUGAUGCAGAUUCUACUGAAGAAUUCUUAGCUGCAGAUUCUGUUGAAGCAAAGUCAGUUUUUGACAAGCUUCAGGAUACACUAUCUAUACACCAAGGGGAAAUGGCACAUUUUGCGAGGGAACUUCGCCAGAGGUUUAAUGCUGGUGUUGAGCAUUUGACAAGUACGUCGGAUGGCAUACAUGGCUUCCUUGAAAAACUCAUGGAAGAAUCUAAAAGGCUUGAAAGACAUGCAUCUCAGAUUGAUGAAGUUCAGACAAACAGUAUUGCUGAAUUUCAGAAGGCUUAUGAGGAACAAUCCAGGUCUAAUGCAGAGCAGCUCAUUGCUGAUAUGACAACACUGGUUUCCACACACAUACAGCGUCAAAAAGAGCUGGUAGAUGCAAGACUUGUCAAUCUUAGGGAGACAGUUACUGGAAAUAAAACAUUUUUGGAUGGGCACAUUUCUUUGGUGGAUGGUAUUACUACAGAAACAAAAAGAAAGUGGCAGGAUUAUUUCAUGCAGGCUGAGAAUGAUAUAAAAGAUAGUGCUGACUUUUCUGCAGCUAAACAUUGUCGGAUGGAGUUACUUUUUCAGGAGAGUGUAUCGACUACUCAAGCAGCAAUCAAGAGGUGGGAGAAAGCACAGGAAUCCGUUACUGAGAUGAGCAGUCAACAUGUCACUAAAAUGGCUUCACUUGUUAGGAAUCUCUGUGACGGUAAUGAGCAACAUUUGUCUGAGAUAGACUCUGCAAGAAUUGCAGCUGAAGUGGAUGUAGUCAGAUCCAAUGAAGACACAAUCCAAUGCUUUAAUGGCAUGUCAGAGCAAGAGAGGAGGUCUGUAUCUGAAAUUCUGACAGCUUCAAGAGCUCAUUCUGAGACGCUUGAGAAACUUCAGAAUGAUCAUAAUAUGCAGUCUGCCGUAAUAGGACAAAAGGCUAAUGAAGCCUUCAAUGAGCAGCAUAUGGAUUAUGAACCAACGGGCACAACACCAACGCGGUCAGAGCCAGAUGUUCCUAGCAAGAGUAGUAUUGAAGCACUUCGGGCCAUGCCGAUGGAUACCCUUCUGGAGGAAUUUCGGGAAAACCAUUCAUAUGAAUCUUUUCGAAGAAAAGAAGCAAAGCCGUCUCUUAUUCCACGCUCCCCUCUGUCACAGAUCAAUUAACAGCUUCAUGGUUUCUGGCUUGGACAUGUUUUUAUAUUUUGUUUUGUAUCUGUAUGUUUCAUGUAUACCUUUACUAUCAUCUGCAAUUGAUACAUGCAGAACAGAAAUUGGUCUUAGGAUUUGUAUUAUUAUAGGCUCAUCAAUUAUAAAUAAUCCCUGCUUGGGAUUAAGGUCAAAGUUCUAAAUUGCGGGGAGGCUCAACAUACAUUUAGAGUACUUACGUUUGUUUGUUACGCAUCUUGUUUCAGUCAGAGUUUCGGCAAAGUCAACUAUUUCCUUUUCGGGUCGGGCCACCAAAAAACCUGUCUUC